UUAAAUGUCCAAGUUAAAAAGAAAAGUGAUAUCUUUGUCGCCAAAAACCUAGCUCUCUCUCCAUUCAAAGCCAAGAAGAAGGGGAAAACCCAAGAUUUGCGUCUCUUCUUUCUACUUUUUUCAGGUUUCAAGUCUGACAUGCAGUAUCAUAGCCCAGAAGAAAUGGAAAUUGGAAAUUUAACACAAAGUGUGCCAAGAAGUCUAGGCUUGUUAAAAUAUGUAGCUCAAAGGAAAGAGCUUGAGAGGAUAGAAGCCAAGAGGAAUGAACUUACGAAAUUGUACCAUCAGACUGAAGCAAAGCUUUUGGCUAAAAUCUUAGACCUCAAGAUCAGUGAAGGAAAGCUCUUGGCUAAAACUGAAGACCUCAAGAAGAGUGAAGCAAAUCUCUUGGCUAAAACCGAAGAGCUCAAGAAGAGUGUAGCAGAGAACUUGGCUAAAAACGAAGAGCUCAUGAUCAGUGAAGCUCAGAAGGAGGAGCUUUCAAAUUUGCUUCGGCAAAGUGAAAGUCGAAACAAACAACUUGAGAAAGUUCUUGAGCAGAUCAUUGGGGAUGAAGUGGAAGAUCUGAAGAGAGCACAUGCACACUGUGAACAAGUCAAAAAGUUUGAGCUUGAGCAGACUAGAGCUGUAAGGAAAGAUCUUGAGGAAAAGCUUACACAAAGUGAAGCUCAAGUGGAAGAUCUUAAGGAGGCACUUGGCAAGAGUGAAGCCGAGAAAAUAGAGAUGAAGGAGAGGGUUAUUUUAGAGCAAAAGAAAGCUGAUGAAUUAGUGGCAUGGUUAGCAGAAGCGCGCAAGAAAUGGGAGAGUGAAAAAGAAAGACUUCGCUGUAUAAACACCGAACUAGCGAAGCAGCUUGAAGAUGCCAAGAUGAAAAGCAUUGAUGAUGAGUUCGAAGUUGUUGAUGAUGAGUUUGAUGUUAAAGUGAUUUAAUUCAAUAAGAUAAUUGUAAGUAUUGGAUUUGGUACACAUACCAACUACAAAAAUUAUUUGUCAUAUUCUUUCUUUUUGAACAGGAAAUAAUUGUUAUAUUGAUUUUAUAUAU